CCAAACGGGCUCUUAUAAAUCUCUUUCAAACCAAAACUCUGAUCUUCGCAAAAUAUCGAACAAAAUCUGUGCAAUUGGAGCUGAAUUUGUAACGAUGUCUAACGAAAACGAACCAGCAAAGCUAUUAUUACCUUAUCUUCAACGCGCCGAUGAGUUGCAGAAACACGAACCCCUUGUUGCCUAUUACUGUCGAUUGUAUGCGAUGGAACGAGGGUUGAAGAUUCCUCAAAGUGAUCGUACAAAGACCACUAAUGCCCUCCUUGUGUCCCUUAUGAAACAACUUGAAAAGGAUAAGGCGUCAGUGAAGUUGGGGCCUGAUGAUCAUUUGCAUUUGGAGGGAUUUGCCUUGAAUGUUUUUGCAAAGGCAGACAAACAAGAUCGAGCUGGACGAGCAGACUUGAAUACUGCAAAGACGUUUUAUGCUGCAAGUAUCUUUUUUGAGAUCCUUAAUCAGUUCGGUGAACUCCAGCCUGAUCUUGAGCAGAAACAGAAGUAUGCAGCUUGGAAGGCAGCAGACAUAAGGAAAGCUAUAAAAGAAGGCCGGAAGCCUGUUCCAGGCCCUCCUGGUGGUGAAAGUGAUAUUUCAGAGUUCUCCACUGCACAAAGUGAUGAAUAUGAUAUUGAACCCAGUGGAGCUGGUCCAGCCAUCAAACCUGCACCAGAAUCAGACUCGUCCUCUCAAUUACACGACAAUGUACAGUUUACUGCAAAUAGACAGUUACAUUCGGCACCCAUCCCACCACCACCUCCUUCACACUUCCCUCCAUCUCCUCCUCCAUAUUCUGCUAAUGAUUAUCCUUCUAAUGAAGAUCAUUCUUCUCAUAAUCUUCCGCAACCUCCAUCAGCUAGCAGACACGAAAAUUCUUCUUACUCUCAGUUCCAUCAGCAUCAACCUUACCCACAAGAACCCCAAUCACACUUGCCAAACCACUACCCUUCUCAAGACAUUUCCUCUUCAUAUCCCAAUUUCCAGUCAUAUCCUAGUUUUACAGAGAGUAGCCUACCUGCUGCACCAUCACAUAACCCUUCCUACUAUCAAGGGUCUGAUACUUCCUAUUCCAUGUUGCCACCAUCAGCUAAUCAUCCAUCAAACAGUCAAUUGAGUGAUAGAAAGGGGAGUGCUGUGGAUGCUGCAGUGCCUCCUCCGAAAACGUAUCAAUACGACAGCAAUUACCAACCUUCACCAGAGAAAAUUGCUGAAGCACACAAGGCCGCAAGGUUUGCUGUCGGGGCUCUGGCAUUUGAUGAUGUUUCUAUUGCUGUAGAUUACCUCAAGAAAUCACUUGAAUUGUUGACAAACCCCUCAGCUGGUCAAUGAAGUGCGUGCAUCCUACCACAACUGGAUUGUUUGAGCUAGGUGCUUCUCUUUUCGGUUUGAUCACUUUAUGGUGUUUGUGGAGAUGGCUUGAUUAACUGUUGUACCAUUCUUGUUGUUACUGAAUGUUGUUCAUAUAUGCGGUCCCUCGCUUACCACCCCCCCCCCCCCCCCAAAACCACCCACACCACACACAAAAAACCAAAAAUCAUCUUGCAAGCGCCCAAACUUCUUGCUGGACAUUGUUCGUAAGCUGUUUUAUUGUGCAGAAAUACAAAAUUCUUUCCCUUUGUA